AUGUGUUCGUCUCAGCAGCAUUACAACUGCUCCUCGUCGUACCUCAGAGUCGACCGUACCACCAAGUCCAUAAAGCAGCCAAUUGACACCAAUCAGCUGGAGACAAGUCAGGAAAUCACGACAUUGAUAUUGACAAUACGGAUGGUGAUAAUCCCUUUAAUGGAGCCAAUGAUAUUCCUGAGGAGCAGCCUGACAGAGAUGCGGUUGGAAGUGACGACACUGAACAGAUCCUGGACAACCUUCGGGAGUGCCAGGAAAUCCUUGAUUUUAUCAAAUCUGCAUCCCUGGGUGAUAGCUAGUGUGGACCAUUCUACGCAUCUGACGGCCCCAAGAGCCCCGGAUAACUCACAGUCUACCAACAAUGCAUCAUCUGCCUUCGACAGCGGCGAUGCUGACACACAACAACGCCCGCCAAUGCCGCAAAUACACCCCCCAUCCCCAUUCCGACCCACUCAGCAGCCAAAAUCUGAAGAGGAACCUGACAUCACAUUGAUCGUGCAAAGAAGUGAUGGGGGACAUGCAUUCCGACAACACAGCUGUUUAUGUCCAGACCCAGAUUCUGGUACCGGUGCCACAGAGAUGCUAACUGCUUCCCCAGAUCGAAGUGUGGUGGUUCUUCAAGGUUACCGAUCUUUAUCAUUUGUGGAGGUCUUCUCUAAGGGUGCUUUUUUUGCCGGCAUGGAAGAUCUGACGAAGCUCAAGAUCAUUACUAGCGAUGUGGGAGGAAAGCUUGGUGUCUUCUCUGCUGCUUUCAGGAAGCUCGGGCAGGUGUUUGAAUGGGGAGAUGGAGCCAAAAUUCUUGGGUCCACACGAAGGUUUAGGGUUCUGGAUUCCUUCGAACGUGGUUUUAGUAGUACUAGCGAUCUUCGCAACUGUCGGAUGCCAGGCCUGUACUAG